AACUGACGGUUUUAUCACGUGGAUAUCAUUCAUCAUACGCCAGUAGAAUUGGCCUCCAUAUCCGUGUUCCAGAUAUAUUCCGGAACUCGCCAGAGGGAAACCUCCAAUAAUGGUAUUUCAAUUUCGACGUCUGUGUAUAAAAUGAUUUUGCGGGUAAUGGCACCGGACAGUUUGAAUUUCGUUGAAAAAUGUGUUAGGUAACUUUUUGUUUCGUUGUUUUUCUUGGCAAAGUUCGUGAUUACAUUUCGAGUUUUUUUGCGGUUGUUUACGCCUUGUUGUUUUAAAUUUUGUUCUUGUUAUAAAGGAAAUAGAUAUAAUAGUAAAAUAUAUAGCCUAAAUAGCGUUGGUAGCCUAGCUGUAAAAGCGUACGACUUUCUAUCCGGGGGUCGCAGGCUAAAAUUUCGAUUCGAGUUUUUCGGAACUUAUGUACGAUAUAUCAUUUGAUAUUUAUCACUUAUCAGUAGAUUUUCGAUGAAGGAAGACAUCGUGAAGAAACCGGACUAAUCCCAAUAACUUUAAUCGAUCUUUUUCAAAGUAGAAAUGAUAUCGAUACAUAUUAGAAUCUAAAAUGGUUUCGGCAUUCAUUAAAACAAGCAUUUAUCUUCAGAAAAAGCUUUAGAACAUUGUAAAUCUUCGUUACUUUGUAUAUAUCUAAUCUAAACAGUCAAAAAUAAUUAUUUAUAGAACUUUCAAUUGUUACAGAAUUAGGUUUAAAGAUUAAAAGUUUCAAACAUCUCAAGUAUGGGCGGCUGAUCCAUUCUGAUUUGGAUACUAAGAAUAAACGUUGAUAAUUCGUGAAUUUGUGAAUUCUAAGCUCGAUUUUCAAAUAAGAGUGGCUUUUAUUAUACCGAACUGAAUUUGUAUUGUAAUUAGAUUGCGAGAACUAUUUACACAAAUAAAUUAAACUAAAUCUGUGGGAGUAAUAAUAUGUAUUAAAACUUCCUCUCAGAGCAUAUCGCUCGCAUCGAUGCCGUGCACGCCUGCUAGCGGACGCCCUAAGUAUGCACAGAAGUCACAGUGAAAUGAACUUGAGAUCAAUUUGUAAAGUAUGAAUGUCAAUCCUAGGUAUUGAUCCGACGAUCCUGUGCGGAGCGGAUCGGUUUUUUAGCUCACCAGGCAGCGCUCUCAUGACUCAAAGCCAAGAUGUCAAUUGUAUAUUUGUUAUGUAUGCAUGUUUGUGUGUGUGGCUGCGCCCACCUUAACAGUUACCGCUACAAUAUACCAGUGCGAUUAGAGCAGCCCGUGGUUUCACUCGUGUCCUCGUACUCCUCACUGGCGACGAAUCGGUUAAAUCCCACGUGUUUCGCGAUAAAAUAAGAUGUCUGGUGCUAAUUUCGGUGUGUUGGAUACCUUUGAUCAUAACGUUCAAAGUUGGAACAGCUACAAAGGCCGAUUACAACAGUAUUUUAUCGCAAACGAUAUAGAUAAUGCGAAAGAUGCAACGGGAAUAAAAAGACGGGCCAUCUUACUAACGGCACUCAAGGAAGAAACGUACAAGCUCACAGCUGAUUUAGUCUUGCCAAAGCAACUGGACAGCGUGCCUUAUGAAGAUAUUAUAAAACUUCUGGACAACCAUUUCACACCCAAGCGGGUUGGAUUCGGCGAGCGCCACAAAUUCUACGCCGCGGUGCAGCAGGCCGGUGAAACCCAUACACAAUGGGCCGCACGGCUACGCGGACUCACCGCUUAUUGUAGUUUCAGCAACGUGGAAGAGGCAUUACGCGAUCGGUUUAUCAUGGGUUUGCUUCCAGGCCUUGAAAAGGAAAAAUUGUAUGCGCAAAACAUCUCCGAGUUGACGCUAGCGAAAGCGGUCGAAUUUGCCGAAAAUAUUCGCUGUGCGCGCGCCGGGGCCACUGCAGCUGGCAUUACGCCUUCGUCGGGCGACGUUUACAAAAUCGCGUCAAAUAAACAACAAAAUAAGUCUGACGGGAAAGUGAAGUGUUCAACAUGCGGCUAUACUAAUCAUAAAGUGUCGGAGUGUCGGUUCACUAAUUACGUAUGCAAAAAGUGCAAAGUGAAGGGUCAUUUAGGUAGAAUGUGCCCUAGUGUUAAAUAUUUGGAUAUUAAUUACGAUGGCGAGGACGACGACGUCCUUGCAGAAUAAUAAACAAAACAGAAAAAGUAAACCAGUUUUUAAGCAAGGUGAUGUAGUAUUAUAUAAACAGUUUAAGGGCAAUAAUAAAUGUGCUUGGGGUAAAGGGAUAGUUGUAAAGAAAAUAGGACGAGUUUUAUAUAAAAUAA